CCCCCGCCGUUCUUCUCUAGAGGCGUUUUCGCCACCGUAGAAUAGAAGCGUUCUCUGUUCUUGUUCGCCGCUGGUAGCGAUUUUCCUUAGAUCCACUUUUCCCCACGAUUCCAUACCCCACGACAUCAGAGAUGCCCGCUGUCGCCACGCCCACCGCCCCCGCUACUCCCUCGCCCGCCUCUCUCAAGGCCGGCGCCCAGCCCGCCGAGACGUCCGCGCUCUUCAGCGCCGACAAGGCCCAGCGGGAGUCUGCCGUCGCAUCCCUCGCCGCUAGCGCCCAAAAGGAGGGCCCCGCCGCCCUCCAGCACGCCGGCUUCGCCGAUGCGGUCAUCAAGGCCCUCGCCGACAAGAAGUCCCCCGCGACCCGCGAGGCUGCCGCGAACGCCGUCCUCCAGCUCAUCAAGGGCGGCGCCGUCAAGGCCCUCGAGCCGAUCUUCGUCGAUUCCGGCCUUUACAAUGCACUCCUCGAGGCGUUCGCCGACAAGACCCCCGCUGUCAGGACGGCGGCCGUCGAGGCUGUCCGCGAGUUCGUCGCUGCGAUGAACCCGUGGGCGACUGCGCUCGUUCUCCCUGCUCUUCUUCACGAGAUCAAGACCGCCGGCAAGUGGCAGGUCAAGACCGGCUCGCUCGUCGCGCUCAACCAGCUCGUCGCCAGCGCACCGGCCCAGACCGCCAAGCACACGCCCGAGAUCGUCCCGGUCCUCUCUGAGGCGAUCUGGGACACCAAGGCCGACGUGAAGAAGGCCGCCCGCGACUCGCUCCAGAAGGUUACCGCCCUGGUGUCGAACAAAGACAUUGAACGCUUCAUUCCGGCCCUUAUCAAAGCUCUCGAGAACCCGGUUGAGGAGGUCCCCAAGACCAUCAUGCUCCUCUCCGCCACCACCUUCGUUUCCGAAGUCGACUCCCCCACCCUCUCCCUCAUGGUCCCGCUGCUCUCUCGCGGUCUCAGCGAGAAGCUGACCGCGACGAAGCGCAAGGUCGCUGUCAUCAUCGACAACAUGGCCAAGCUCGUCGACUCCGAGGUCACCGUCCGCCCCUUCAUCCCCAAGCUCCUCCCCGGUCUCCUGAAGGUCGAGACGACCAUCGGUGACCCCGAGGCUCGCAGCGUUGUCAAGCGCGCCAUCGACACCCUCCGCCAGGUCGGCAAGAUCCCUGCUGACAACGACGGCUCCGACCUUCCGCCCUUGAAGGUCGCCGAUGGCAAGCAGGUCAUCCACACCGUUGCUGCGCUCGCGAAGAAGAUGGGCGGUGAAGUCCCGGUUGCCAACCUCGACACCAUGUACGCCGCGCACCUCGCCGCUAACCUCAUCAACGCGAAGAACUUCGAGACCAACGACUGGGAGACUCUCGCGCCCUACAUCGCCUUCGCGACCACCAACCCCGACCCGGCCACCCUCUGCCGCGAGUGGUGUGUCAAGUCGGCGUCGCAGGACGAUGAGGACGAGGUUCACGAGGACGACGAGGAGGGCGAGGACCUGUGCAACUGCCAGUUCUCGCUCGCUUACGGUGCCAAGAUCCUGCUCAACACCGCUACCCUCCGCCUGAAGCGUGGCCACCGCUACGGUCUCUGCGGUAAGAACGGUACCGGCAAGUCGACCCUCAUGCGCGCCAUCACCAACGGCCAGGUCGAGGGUUUCCCGUCGCCCGACGAGGUCCGCACCUUCUACGUCGAGCACGACAUCGACGGCAGCGAGGAGGACACCUCGGUCCUGCAGUUCAUCCUCAGCGACAAGCGUGUCGAGGCCGGCGAGUCGGAGAUCAUCGAGACUCUCGCCUCCGUCGGCUUCGACGACGAGCGCCAGAAGCAGGCUAUCGGCUCCCUGUCCGGUGGUUGGAAGAUGAAGCUCGCGCUCGCGCGUGCCAUGCUCUUCAAGGCCGACAUCCUGCUCCUCGAUGAGCCGACCAACCACUUGGACGUCGUCAACGUCGCUUGGCUCGAGAACUACCUCACCAGCCUCACGCACUGCACCUCCAUCAUCGUCUCGCACGACUCCGGCUUCUUGAACAACACCAUCACCGACGUCCUCCACCUCAACCGCUUCAAGAUCAGGCGGUACGCGGGUAACCUCGAGGCGUUCGUCCAGAAGGUGCCUGAGGCCAAGUCGUACUACACCCUCGAGGCGGCCGAGGACUACAAGUUCAAGCUCCCCGACCCGCCCUUCCUCGAUGGUGUCAAGACGAAGGAGAAGGCUCUGCUCAAGAUGCGCAAGGUCGGCUUCCAGUACCCGUCGCAGCCGGUCCAGCAGCUCUACGACAUCUCCCUCCAAGUCUCCCUCUCCUCCCGUGUCGCUAUCCUCGGCCCCAACGGUUCCGGCAAGUCCACUCUCGUCAAGUUGCUCACUGGCGAGAUGGAGCCGAACAAGGGCGGUGAGAUCUGGAAGCACCCGAACUUGGUCAUCGGCUACGUCGCCCAGCACGCUUUCCACCACAUCGACAACCACCUCGACAAGACGCCGCUCGAGUACAUGCUCUGGCGCUACCAGACUGGCGAGGAUAUGGAGGAGAUGAGCAAGGCGACGCGCCAGAUCACCGAGGAGGAGGAGAAGAAGAUGAAGGAGGGCGCCACCGUCGUCGUCGAGGGGCAGAAGCGCAUCAUCGACGAGAUCGUCGCGCGCAAGAAGCUCAAGCAGUCCUACGAGUACGAGGUGUCGUUCAAGAACCUCUCGUCGUCCGAGAACAUCUGGUUGCCGCGUGACGAGCUCAUCAAGCGCGGUUUCGAGAAGAAAGUUCUGGAGGUCGACACCCGUGAGGCUCAGCGCCUCGGUCUCUUGCGCCCGCUCGUUCGUCGCGAGAUUGAGAAGCACUUCGCCGACUUCGGUCUCGAGCCGGAGUUCGUCUCGCACAACACCAUGCGCGGUCUCUCCGGUGGCCAGAAGGUCAAGAUCGUCCUCGGUGCCGCGACAUGGCGUCGCCCCCACAUCAUCUGCUUGGACGAGCCGACCAACUACCUCGACCGUGAGUCGCUCGCGGCCCUGAUUGAGGCGCUUAAGACCUUCGAGGGUGGUGUGCUCAUCAUCACGCACAACCGCGACUUCUCCGAGUCCAUCUGCAAGGAGGUCUGGGCGAUGCGCGACGGCCGUCUCGAGGCGUCCGGCCACAACUGGGUCGAGGGCCAGGGCUCCGGUGCACGGAUCGACAAGAAGGAGGGCGAGGAGGAGGACAAGUACGAUGCGAUGGGCAACAAGAUCGAGACGAAGAAGACGAAGAAGAUCACGUCGUCCGAGGCCCGCAAGCUGAAGAAGGAGCGCAUGGCGCGCAAGAAGCGCGGUGAGGAGGUCACCGACGAUGAGCUGUGAGCGCCGCGGCCCACGCCGUUAUGUCGCCCGCCUUCCCGAGCACGUAUCACGAGCAGGGGGGUGGGUGCACGCCACGAUUACGCUCUCGCUCUGUCCCUUGUCUGACGUUCUCGCUGUACUCUAUGUGUAUCGCUGUGUGCUUUUAGGAACCUUCUUAUGUUAUUGACCGACCUACGUACUGUAUGUAUCUUCGCCUCAUGCCGUUGUAUCGACUUCACGUAAUAUUAUUUCCAUGAUUCUCUUCCUCCUCGCAUUCGCUGGCUUUGAGAUGCUAUUAUAUCAGUCAAGGUGCAGAGGUAUAGUAGACAAGUGAAACUGCGUGCUCAUAGUAUGAGACCCGAAGCAGAGGCGAUGGUGGAUAUGGUUGAACUGCAGGUUAUUAUGACACAACGACAGAAGAGGAGCACCAAAGGAGCCUAUCUCUAUAUACAGUACAAAACUCAUUCCGCGACCAUCC